GCCACUUGGCUCAGACAGGCUCACAAGUAGCUUGCAAACAUUACUAGCUAUUCAUGCGUGUGUUGUUGCAGAUGGCUAAAUGUUUAGCUUAAGUCACACAUUUAUGUUGUAUCAUAUUUAAGGUUCUUCAUAACGCGGAAGGUUGUACCAUUACUGCAUUAAAGUUGAUACAAAAUAUCAGAAGCAUACGUUAGCUGCAAAGAGGUAAACGAGACUGGAGACUCGUCACGUAUCUAGCUAGCAACCAUUGAGUUACCAGCUUUAUUAGAGGACAUCAUGAUCUAUUCGUUCGUACUAAAAAGUAUGCAUCGCAAUUUGCAACAGGCAGUAUGGAUUUAUGGCCCUCUGCAAAUCUGCAAACGCACACAGAGCAACUUGAUUCUGCAGAGACGGUGCAACUUUGUGUCGACAUCCACACCUUUUUUCCACGGUAUUGAGGGUCACCCUUCGAUUUUAGGGAGUGUCUUGUGUACACAAAAACGAAAAAUAUAUUUCCACACAAGCCUAAGAAAUAAAAUUAAACCUGAAGAAACGGAGAGUGGACAGCUGUCAACCUCGAGGCUGGGAACAGCGCCGAAUUUCUCGGCAGCUCAAAAAGUGAAGGAGGCAGGCAAAGAUUUCACCUACUUGAUCGUUGUGCUCAUUGGACUUGGGGUGACAGGGGGGUUGUUAUAUGUGGUGUUCCAAGAGCUGUUCUCCACCUCAAGUCCAAGCAAAAUAUAUGGGAAAGCUUUUGACAAAACCAGGUUGAACCCAGAGGUGAUAGGGGCAUUUGGGGAGCCAAUCAAAUGCUACGGUGAGACCACUCGCAGAGGCAGGAGACAGCAAGUCAGCCAUGCUGAGUUUAUGAAGGAUGGACUGAAACAUAUGAGACUGAAGUUUUACAUUGAGGGGGACGAGCCUGGACGGAAAGGGACUGUUCAUUCAGAAUCAAAAGAGAACCCUGAAACUGGGAAGUAUGAGUUCCGUUACAUAUUUGUGGAAGUUGACACCUACCCAAGGAGAACCAUCGUCGUUGAAGAUAACAGAUAAAAUGGUGUAUUUCUGUCUGAAGAAGUGGAACUUCACAGACAAUGGACAAAUACGUGUGCUCGUUUUUCCCUGAUCACUAAUAAUGUUUUCAGGGAGUGUGAAUGGUUUUUGCCAUGUCCUUAGACUGAUUAAAGGUUGAAUGAGGUUACCUAUUCGUAGGAGAAAUGGCAGCAUUUUGACACAACGUGCAAUAUUCUAAUAAGUAAUACAACAGAUAAUUGAAAGCAAGCAGCAUUCUAUGCUCCAUAGAUCAGUACAACAAAUGCAUGGUUGGUUUGAUGAGAUGUAUGUGUUGGCCGUUUACUGGAAUAGGCCAAUAAGCACUUACUACUGGUGGACGGUGAUUGUAUAAUAUAGUAAAAGCAGCAAAGUUGAACAGUGUUGUAACAGUAAACAUUACGGUAAAAUACUUUUUGGGGAUGUCUGACUUGAACAUGAGAUGGCCCAAAGUCCAUUGCAGUUUAACAUUUUAAACAAUUAUGGAAUGUUACUGUAUAUUAAGUGAAGAUGCUACUGCAGUGUUUCAAUAAUGUUUACUUAACAAAUUCUGUAGCUGUUGCUAUUUCUCUGCAACUUCCCUUAGAACAUUGUUGGUAAAAGUUUUUUUCUAAUAAAUUUAACAAGAUCAGAAAUAUUGUGUUAUGCUAAACUUAUCUCUAUUCAGAGGAGUUGCAACUUCUGCAGUAUGGUCCUGCGAGAUUGGAUAUGUACAGUAUCUGCAUAUUUUAACAUGAUCGAAGAUGUUGCAGUAUUACAUUCUAGAUUGAUUUAGUCAAAUUACUAAGAGGAAACGGGCAACAAUGUAUAUGGAAUCUCAAGACCUGUAUCCUUGGUUGAUGCAAAAACUAUGAUUGUCGCUAGAUGGAGACAAACGCGUGUCGUAAAUACAGUUUGUAAACAAUUGGGUAUAUUUGUGGAAAACCGAAACCCGACACUUUCUAAUGAACGGAUACAAAUCAAUGUGGAGCAUGUGUUUAUUACAGAGGAGCAUGCUUUGCAUUUCAUUGGAUUCCGAGAUUUUCUCUGCACGUAUGCUACUACUAAUGGGUUCCUGAGCGCGCCGCAUUGAGAUUUAGGGCUGCAGACAUAGGUAGCGCUCACCAGGAAAACGAGCUCAACGUGAACAUUUAGCUACGGAAGUCAAACACAUUGCUGCUCCCAGACGAGGUUUUGAGCUCCUUGACCAGACUGAAACAAAAGCCAGUCCGUCUCGAGGAUUUGGUAGCGUGAGCAAGCGUAAAUGCUCUGUUUCAAUACAGUAAAUCGAAAUUAUUAAACGGAGAUAGUAUCGAAUUAUUUCAGCGCAAUUUGUACGUUGAGUCUGACGCUAAGCGUAUUUUGUUUACAGUUUAGCUAGCAUUGCUUGUAUAAGUUGCUAUCUAGCUAACGUGAUAUCUCUAAACAGCCUGCUUGCAUGCUAGCAACAUUUUAGCUUGCUAGUAAUACAAGUAGCCUAGCGAACAUAUAACCUGGAAGAGUAAAUAUAAUGACAGGUUUGGCAGACG